UAUUUUAAACUAAAAAUACUUCGUCAACACGGAUCUAUAACAAUUACAAAAUUUGUUACGAGAUGGCAAUACUACGCGCAUGAGUUAUAAAAUCCAAAAGUACCGCCAACUGGAUGUGACAUAUUUCUAGUUCUAACCAAAAAAUAUUUUUGUGGGUGACGUUUGAUUAUAGAAUCUUUUAAGAUUAUUCGACAUAUGAUUUGGUUGUUACUUAAUAUUUAUGUGCUUUCCGCAUUACCUUAAAAUAGUACUACGAAAAUGGAUACCAUAUUUCACGAAAAGCAAGAAGGCUUUUUGUGCGCACAACAUUGUUUAAAUGCUCUUUUACAAGGACCGUAUUUCAAUGCAGUAGACCUUGCCAAUUUUGGCCACCAAAUGGAUGAGGAGGAAAGGAUAAGAAUGGCAGAGUCUGGAGUUGACAGUGAAGAUUACAAACUUUUUUUAGAGCAACCAUCAGGAAACAUGGACGACAGUGGAUACUUCUCUGUUCAAGUUAUUAGCAGUGCAUUAAAAGUUUGGGGAUUAGAACUAAUUCCAUAUAAUAGUACAGAACCAGCAGCUAUAAUGGCACAAAAUGAUCCUAUACAGAUGAAAGCAUAUAUUUGUAAUUAUAAAGGUCAUUGGUUUACUAUAAGGAAAAUUGGAAAGCAGUGGUUUAAUUUAAAUUCAGUAUUAAGCGGGCCAGAACUUAUAUCAGAUACUUACCUUUCAAUGUAUUUAGCCCAAUUAUUACAAGAAGGUUAUUCUAUUUUUAUUGUUAUUGGAACGCUUCCUCAAUGUCCUGCAGAUGACAUUCUUAUGAGAAAUCCAAUAGAACCUGUAUCAAAAGGACAAUCAUCGUUAAAACCAGAAGUAAAAGGUUUAGCUAAUUACACAAUGUCAAAUACAUUUGCCAGAAGAUUGUCAAGUAAGGAGAAAACAACUACAAGUAAGUCGCAAGAAAAGAUAAUUUCUAUAAAAGUUGAAAAAGGCGAAGAAGAAGAAGACGAUGAAAAUGCAGAACUACAAAGAGCGCUUCAAUUAAGUUUUGAAGAAAAUAAAAAGAAUGAUAUUGAUAAGUACCUGAAACUGAGUUUGGAUUUUCAUGAUUAUAAUAAAAAAAUGUGUGCAAAUGAUGAUACAGAGGAAGAUGAUGAUUUGAGAAGAGCUCUUCAAUUAAGUUUAGAAUGUGCUACUGCUCCGCCAACACCAGAAUCUGAAGAUGUGCAUUGGCGUCAACUAAAUCAUUUUGGUACAUACUCAAGGACAUCAAGUGGAGAGACUUCUCAAAAACUGAAUAUUUAAUAACAUAUGCAAAAAUAUUUUUAAUAUUAUUAAUAUAAAUUUUAUUUGUAAAUUAUAAAUAAUUAGUUACUUUGUGUAGUAUCAAUAAGUAUUUG